AAAAAAAUUUUAAAAUCAGAUUUCCUUGUCCAAUCCCUCUAACCUAAAGAAAAGCAACUUAAUCUUCUAUACAUGCAAAAUAACUUUGUGGCUAAUUUGUAGUGCCAUUCAUGGAGCAGAUCCAGCACAGCCAUGUCCAAGUUGGAAGUCUCAAUCUUCAUGUUUCUCAAAUUGGAUCAGGUCAAAAAAUAGUGUUAUUUCUGCAUGGUUUUCCAGAAAUAUGGUAUUCAUGGAGAUACCAAAUGGUGGGUGUUGCUAAAGCUGGGUAUCGGGCUAUAGCAAUUGAUUAUAGGGGUUAUGGUCUCUCUGAUCAGCCCUCUGAGCCUGAGAAAACUACUUUGACUGAUUUUGCUGAAGAUGUUGUAGGCUUACUCAACUUUUUGGGUAUUGACAAGGUUUUUUUAGUCGGGAAGGACUUUGGAGCAUUCAUAGCGAGUCUUGUAGCAGUAUUAUACCCCAACCGAGUGUCUGGGUUCAUAACCUUAGGGGUUCCUUUUAUCCUACCAGGUCCUGCUAGAACCCAAUCGGAUCAACUUCCAAAAGGGUUUUACAUUCUACGGUGGAAGGAGCCAGGAAGAGCAGAGGCAGAUUUUGGUCGAUUUGAUGUUAGAACAGUGAUAAAAAACAUCUACAUACUGUUUUCAGGGAGCGACCUUCAAGUAGCCGAUGAUGACCAGGAAAUAAUGGACCUAGUUGAUCCAAACACUCCGCUACCCUCUUGGUUUUCCGAAGAAGAUCUAUCAAUCUACACAAGUUUGUAUGAGAAAUCUGGUUUUCGUACAGCCCUGCAAGUUCCAUACAGGAGCAUGGACCAAAUUAUCGAUAUUCAAGACCCGCGAGUAAGAGCUCCAGCAAUGCUUAUCAUGGGCGAAAAAGAUUAUGUCAUGAAGUUUCCUGGAAUGGAGGAAAACAUAAGAAGUGGAGCAAUUAAGAAGUUGGUACCAGACCUAGAAGUUGUUUUUAUGCCAGAAGGAAACCAUUUUGUUCAAGAACAGCUGCCCGAGGAGGUCAAUGAACUCAUCAUAUCGUUCUUGAACUAAAACAGCGUCUAGUUUGAUAUAGUAGUAUUGGAACAAGGCAUGUUAUAUGUAAUGUAAUGCUGUGUUUCGAGAAAAAUGUUUAUUGUGGUUUAAGUGUCGCAGGGGAUGUUGCUCCGGAGUUGGCCAUCGGCUUGGUCUAGCCUAUGCUGUGAGAUCGGAGAAACUUGCAAAUAAAAAUCAAACCAAAAUUCAAGGCAACAUUGAUAUACUGCUGAUGAAAUAGUUUCUAUGAGAAGCAAAAACCAUGUUGAGCUGAUUUGUGUUGGAAUUCAGAGCAAGUUAGGACAUAUCCCUUAAGUUAUGAACGUAGUAGGACAAACAAGUGUUAAAACUUAAUGUCCAAGUAUAAUUGAGCUGAUAUGCAAGCUAGAACGCGUGGGACAUUGAACGUGUUCGAGCACUCUAGUGCUCAUUCCAACACUUUGUUUUGUGAAGCAUUGUAUUGUUAUGGCUUUUGAUCGUAACUGAUAAUAACUAAUAUUUUAUCUGUUAUUUUUCAUGAAACCAAGAGUUGAAAGCUUA